GUGUGUCAGGGCAGUCUGGCUUCUACUGUGCGGAGUGAUCAAUGGGCAUGUUUGAUCAGUAAGGAGCAGCAAGGGAUUUCAGGCUUGCUAACUUUGAUGGACUAUUACAUAUAUUACUAUCUGAUUUUGGACACAUUUUGGGACUGGCAUAACCUCGCAGGUUAUUGCGAACAAGAGAGAAUUAUCCUCCUUCCUUGCCUUCUUAGUUAAAGUGUGUGUUCUGUUUUGCUAUGAUGAAGGAGAAAGUUAUUACGGUUUUGUUUGUUCUAAUCCUGGGGUGUACUGGUGUAUCUUCUAAGAAGAAUAAAAAGAACAGACAACAUGUGCCUAGUAUUGACUGUGAAAUUAAAGCUGGAAAAAUAGUCAAUCCUGAAUUCCUUGCAAGAUGUCCUCCUGGAUGUCAAGAUGGAAAGUAUCGUGUUUAUGGCACAGACAUAUACUCCUCAUUUUCCAGUAUUUGCACAGCAGCCAUUCACAGUGGUGCCAUUGAUAAUUCUGGGGGAAAAAUUCUUGUUCGGAAAGUAGCUGGACAGUCUGGAUAUAAGGGAAGCUUCUCAAAUGGGGUACGAUCGUUAUCUUUACCACGCUGGAAAGAGUCAUUUGUUGUUGCAGAAGGAAAAGGAAAGAAAGGUGUCACAUAUCCCACUGUUCUUGAAUUUGUGGAAGCUAGAGAAGUCUUACAGAGAGAGGCACCGUCCCCAGUUAUAACUACAACUCAGGCAGUCAUUACCACCACCCCUACUACAACAACUCCACAACCUACAACUCCACAGCCUACAACAACUCCAAAGCCUACAACCACCCCCACAACUACUACUACCAUACCCACAACAACUACUACUACAACAGCCAGGGCAAGACCUCCACUGGUACGGGCAAGAGAUACAGCAGCAAGUAACAUACAUCCAGCGUACCACUCAGUUGUUGCUGCUUCAUCAAGGCAAGCUGUACCAGCACCACAAGGAAGAAUUCCAAAUCAAGUUGCCAGGUCACCAGCUACUUAUGCAAGCAGUCGACAAAUAACCAGGAGCAAUCCAGGUGCCAGUAGAAUUCAGCAGAUUUUAGCUGAAAAGGCAAUUCAAGCAAAUCCAAGUGUGCAAAGACGUGACUGGCAAAGUCCUAGCCGAGGAAAUGUUCCAGUUGUGCAACGCAGACCAGUAGUUCCAGAGAGAAGCAAUGCAGCUCCAAAUACUGGACAUAUCUUAUCCUCAGACACACGCGAUAUUCAAGGUUUACAGCGACGAGACUGGCAAACUCCAAGUCGAGUACAAGUCCCAACUGUUCAGCGUAGGCCAACAGGUCCUGAUACUGGUUAUUAUGCUCCCCCUGCUGUGCCUAACUUGUCUGCAGAAACAUAUGACACUGAUGGUUCACAGAGGCGAGACUGGCAUAGAUUAAAUGUUCCCCCAGUACAGCGCAGGCCAACAGUUCCAGAAAGUAGCAACGUAGCUCCUCCUGCUGCUCCAUUCUGGCCAGUAGAAACUCGUGAUACUCAAGUUUCCAAUCCAAGGUCUAGCAUGUCAGAGUUUGACAGGUGGGUCUCCGGCUUCUCACAAAGCAAUUCCAGAAACACUGACACUGACUCAAGCUGGAAAGUUGUUGAAGAGUUACCAGAAACCAGAGUCCCAGUUGCUGUUCCAGUUCCAGUGCCAGUUCCAGUUAAACCUGAAGUUAAAGUUGAUGUAGAACCAGAUCCAUGGCGAGGGUUCUCACAAAGCGGAGGCCCUGCCAAAGAAGAAGUGAACUCAAGACUGCCAGUGGAAACAGUAGCCCUGGGAGGCAUAAACUGCAAAAUAGAUCUGGUGUUCCUCAUUGAUGGAAGCUGGAGCAUUGGUAAGAGACGUUUCCGGAUUCAGAAACUUUUCCUUAGCCAGAUGGCAGAUGCUCUGGAUGUUGGAAUUUCUGGACCUCUCAUGGGCAUUGUACAAUAUGGGGAUGACCCAUCUACAGAAUUCAGCCUUCGAUCAUACUUCAACUCUAAAGACCUGAAAAAUGCCAUUGAAAAAAUUCCACAAAAAGGAGGAUAUUCUAAUGUUGGAAAUGCUCUAUCCUAUGUGAACAAGAAUUACUUUUCUGAUGCCAGUGGGAAUAGAGGAGGAGCUCCAAAUGUGGCUGUAGUUCUAGUUGAUGGAUGGCCAACAGAUAAAGUGGAAGAAGCUUCUCGUCUUGCUCGGGAAUCAGGAAUAAAUAUUUUCUUUGUGACAAUAGAAGGUGCAGAUGACAAUGAGAAGUCUAGUGUUGUGGAACCAAACUUUGUAGAAAAGGCUGUUUGCAGAACCAAUGGUCAUUUUUCCAUCAAUGUUCCCAGUUGGUUUGGCCUCCAUAAAAUUGUGAACCCACUGGUGAAGCGCAUGUGUGACAUUGAUAAGUUAGGCUGUAGCAAAACUUGUCUAAAUGCUGCUGAUAUUGGGUUCAUCAUUGAUGGGUCCAGUAGUGUCGGUACAGGAAACUUCCGCACAGUUCUGCAGUUCAUCGCUAACAUAACAAGCGAGUUUGAGAUUUCGGAUACAGACACAAGAAUCGGAGCUGUACAGUAUACAUAUGAACAGAGACUGGAGUUUGGUUUUGACAAGUAUAGUACGAAGCAAGAUGUUGUUAAUGCCAUAAUGAGGAUCGGCUACUGGAGUGGAGGCACAAGUACAGGAGCAGCCAUCACAUAUGCUAGUGAACAGCUUUUUAGCAAAUCAAAGCCAAACAAGAGGAAGAUCAUGAUUGUAAUCACUGAUGGCCGCUCUUAUGAUGAUGUUCGGGCCCCAGCUGCAGCUGCACAUCGAAAUGGGGUCAUCGCAUAUGCUGUUGGCAUCGCAUGGGCAGCCCAAGAUGAACUGGAAUCCAUUGCUACCGAUCCAGAUAAAGAACAUUCAUUCUUUGUGGAUGAAUUUGACAGUCUCUAUAAGUUUGUGGGAAAAAUUAUCCAGAAUAUUUGUACAGAGUAUAACUCUCAACCAAGAAAUUAACGCAUGCGUUGGUUAAAGUUAUGUCAUACUGCUUGCAUAAAAUGCUUGCUGGCAUUGAACAGAAAAAAAACAUCUACAAUGAAUUAUGUAUUAAUUUAGAGAGGUCUGCCUUUGACUACAGAUAUUCUUGUGUCCUGAUUCUUCAUCCAUGACACGCUUAUAUUUUCUUUCCACCUGUAAGUUGCGGCCUCAAGCCACACUUAAGGUGUGAAAAUAACUGAAAAUAUGUUCAUCAAGUUAGACAUUCAUAAGGCAAAUCUUGGAAUAUUCAAUAUACUCUGGUUAUGAAGUCAGCCGGUAUUAACUGACCUAAUGGCCUGCUUAGCAUGCUAAAAUAACACUUUAUUAAAAACGGGUCACAGGAAGUAUUGUUAUAAAACAUUGACAUCUAUGGUAGUUUUUUUACAGGCUCAGAAAUAAACAGUGUCCAAAUAUAACUUUAUUGUAAGUAAAUGGCAAAAUUGUAUUAUUUAAUACUGCCCUCUAGUGUCAAGUUUCUAAUAUGCAGCAUAAGCACCAAUAGCAAAAAAACUAUCCCAAAACGUCAUAUCUUUUAAAGGCAAAGAUAUAUUAAAUCAAUAUUUCUUCUUCCUCUUUUUGAUGGUUUCUUCAUUGUUAGUGGGUUCACACUGCGAAUAAUUUUGUAACUAAAGAAGAAAACAUUGAUCAUUUGGUGCAGGAGCUAUUUUCUGCUCUUCCAUAUGUGAUGAUUUUGUAGUUGACUACAAAGUGAUCUAACUGCACAGUGCCAUUAAUUUUGGUCCUCAUAGGGUCACAUGACACAGUUCUAAAAAGUUGUAUAGACUAAGCAGAACUGUAUAAAAAGCACAUUAAAUCUGUGUUCUAGAGGGGGAAAGUCAUGAAAAUCAAUAUGACAAAUCAGAGAGAGGUUUUGAGUCUCUUGCAAUUAUUUUGUAUAUUUUAAUUAGAAAAAAGUAUUUACUUAAGAAAAAACUAUAUAUUUCAAUAUACAGUUUGUACAGUUUUAAUAAUCUAUUUUCAUUAUAUUAUAUAGCAUUUAUACACACAGCUAAAGGUGUUUCAGUGCCUUAUGUACUGUCCCUUUACUGUUAUAAUUGUUUUGUAUAUAAGAAAACUUUUUUACUACUUCAGAUCUGAUGCAAAGGAAGUGCUGAGUUUUACAACACAAUCAAUGUUUGUGAUGUAUGCAUUAUGAAACAAAUAUUUUACUGUCACUUUCCGAAGGUAAAUAUUUUGUGGGAGAAUAUCAUCCAAACUGUUUCUAUCACAUUAUCAAGUAGUUUCAAAUAAAUAAAGAGCUACAAUAUCACUGUGUUAUUGCUGGAAUAAAACAUCCUAUUCUG